UCUGGCAACCUGUGUGUGCAUCAAGUCUGAGGAGGAGGGGCCAGGUGAAAAAACCCUCUCCAAUAUUAAAAAUUUGGACUGAAAUAAUUAGUUCAACCACUCGGGGUCAAUCCUACAUACAGCACCUUUAAAUAGUGUUAUCCUUUUUUCCAGGAUUAUUUGAAUAGAAAGCUUAAAAGAACAGCAUUUAUUUCAAAUAGAAUUUUAAAAUAAAAUAGUCUCUUUGUAUCACAUUUAUUUGCCUGUAUUUAGCAGGUACCCCAGUGAUGCUCUGAUUUUGGGUGGUUCAUAUAACAAUUUUAUAUUUGUUUUUUGACGAGUGCUUUUUGUUAAGGGCAAGCAUAUUAGAUUCCAUGAAAACACAGCAGACUUUGCCAUUCAUAUACCCUCCCAACUCUUGAGUGCUUAGACCUUGUCUAUCAACUGUUCUAGCCUGCAACAAAUCUGUUGUAGUCUGCAACAAACCCCUUUAUUGGAUAGUCUUUACGUUUGUUGUCUUGAUGUUGCAAAAAUCUAUUUAUGGCAGUGUAAAUAGGUAUUCUUUCUCUCUCCUUCUCUCACUUCUCAGUCCUGGCACUCUAACUAGUCUGUUUGCUUCAUACCUACAUGGAUAUCACAGUAAUGCUGCCUCCACUCUUUACAAACUUCCUAAUGUGGACUGGGGUGGGAAAUACUCUGUGAAAUGAAACAGUGUUUUAAAGUACAUUUAUUUGGUGUUUUCCCCAAAUCUACUCUGAUCUUUUAUUCUUCACACAAGUUUUGCACUCAUGCCAUUGACUCGUUCUCCAGCAGUGUAUCGCAGCCAUGUUACUGAACAGACUGUAUUAAUGGAGCGUGUGUGUAUUCCUGCUCCUGUGGAUGAUCGGAGUGCUUCUGUACAACAUAUUUAUAGUGCUGGAUCAGCAUUUUGACCGUCUGGAUGUGUGUACAUGUCUGUUUAUCUGCACUGUGAUCCAUUCAUCUUGGCCCCAAUCUGUCAUUUUAAUAAUCCUAGUAUGGGCCAUGGGUUUUUAGCUCUAUGGAGUGUGAUGCCAGAACUAACCUUGUGACUUAGGGGCUGCCUCAGAGAGGCAGGUCUUUAACACAACAUCCUUAUCUUUUAGAAAUUUGGGAUUGUGUUUGAGGUGCUGUCUGUUUGGAGUUCAAGUGUCAUUGACCUUGUCAGUUAGUGAGCUGUACAGCAACUGUAACAAAGUGUUUCUGCAUGAGAUGAAGUAAUAUUUGCUCUUCAGCUGUAUAUUAAAGAACAAAAACAAAAUGACUUUUUUUUUCUUUAACUUCAAUAUACCAUUUACCAUUUACUUGAACAUUAUGUGCUUGAGUAGUUUCCAUGGUAGAGGGAUUUUUCUUUUUGGAAAGAGAACUAAAGUAGUUAUUUAUUUUAAAAAGGACUACUGAAACUUUCACCCAAUGUUUUCCAAAAUAUUGUUAUUGUUGAUAAUAGCCUGCUGUAAGUCAGAAAGCAGUUUAGGUAGUACUCUGUAUACUGGUUUACUUCUGUAUCCUCACUGUCUUUUUCUCUCUCGCAGGGGCCUCGGGUGAUUGAAGGAGGUUAAGCAGCAUCAUACACUUUGAAAUAUGGGUCAACCAUGGAACCUGUUCUCUCAGCAAUUGAGCACUAUCGGCACUAAAUGUUCCUGCACAGUGGACAAUAAUGUGCAGUCCUGUUGGAGUGUGAUGUGAUGUGGCAGCUUGGGAAAUCUUGAGUACAGCACAGGAUGCGUCAUGAUUAUAUCCAAUUUUUAAAUAAACUGUUAAGAUCCCUAUGUCUGGUUUUUGAGAAAAUUUUUUGAGAUGAUACCAUUGCAUAUUACAUGGAACUGCAGAACCGUUAUCUUGUAGCUGACUUAAUGUAUGUUUUAGAGUUCUUGCUAAAUAUUAAGAUUUUGGUUUAGCACAAUUUCAUGUAUAUACAUUAAACUUACUUGGUAAGCCUUAAAAAAAAAAUACAGAGAGGAAAAAGACACUGUCUGCUUAAGAGCUUGUUCUGUAGGUCUAUAAACACAGACAGACCUCUGUUACCCAAUAGCGCCCAGGCUGCUGUCCAGUAUCAGUUAAGGUCAGGGUGCUAUGUUUCUCUUGUUUUAUCACUGUUGUGCCCUAUUGUCUGACAGCUACUUCUGGAAAUUGUUCAAAAAGGAAAAUAAACCUGCAGUCUGAGAAGUGUGGUGCAAUAAAUGUGAGUUAGUGAGUUUGGCCAGUGUUUUUUACACUUAAAAGGAUUUUCACAGGGAUUGUUAGCGUUAUAUGAUUGUCAGUAAAAUAUGAAAUUCAUGUCUUUUCAGACUGAUAAAUUUGAUUGCUUAAUAAUCAAAAUUUACUAACAUGUUAGCAGAAAAAGUUGCAAGUUAUAUGAGAGACAGAUCGAAGAUUACACUGGAAAGACAAUCCUCAGAUUAUCCCCAUGUUCCAGGAUAUCUUAGAAAUGCUUGAGCCUUUCUGUGUGCUGUAAGAUGACAAUGGAACGAGGGAAAGGGAGACCGGGAGGAAGAAUUUGUGCAACCAAUGGGCUUACCUGAUGUAUUUUUAAUGCACAUGAAUGAUUGAUCACUGUAUGUGGACACAUGCUCCCCUUAAGGGGCGGCUGCAGUCUGGUGCUGUCGGUGUAGAUAUGAGUGUGACGAGGGGUCCUUCUGGACUGAACAUGAACACUGUGGAGUUAAAGCAUCAGUGGGCAAUGCAGAGAAAUCGUACUCUGGUCCGGACAUACCUGCUCUCCAGUUCUGUGCUCUCACUUUCUGGCUCACGCAGCAGAGAUAAUUUCAGACUUCCAUCAUUGUCCAGAUCAACACAUGGUGAGACCACCGCGGUGCCUCUCAGUAUUAGUGAGCCCUGCUUGUUCACCCCAGGCCAGAGAGCGGUUUUUGAGAGGUUUUCAAAAAACCAGCAUCUCCUUCUACACAAACCUGCACCGUCUCCCUCCUGCAAGACCCUUGAGAAACCAAAGAUGCCUCAGCAGAGCUAUCAUCAAGUGUACAUGCAUUUUUCUCAGCCCUUGAAGCCUGUACCAAAGGAUGGACCGGCCUUUACUCGCAGUCAGCGGCGGGCCACAGAGAACAGAGGCCUGCAGCCGUUAGUGAGGCAGCGCAGGCAGCCCAUAAACAUAGAGACUUCAUCUAUCAGAGGAAAGACUUGCCUUCCCACACAACAUUUACCCACAUCUUCAUCUAGCGCAUCUCGCACACAGCUGCACGUGUUCUUGCCUGCCGAGGGUGCUGGACUGGAGGAAGACAGGGACAGUGAGUCUGUUGAUGAGGGUUUCAUGGAUGAGCUGGAUAACAAAGUCACCAACCUGAGACUUCAACAAGAUCCAAAGACCCCCAAACAGAUAGAAAAAUCACUGACAGGUCAAAUGGUAAAAUUAACUUCCUAGUGUCAUGCUUUUAAUUGUAGCAUUUCAUAUUUUGAUGUGUGUUGUAUGCUAACACUGAUAACUACAGAAAUGACAAGUUCUGUAUUUACCAGUUUGAACACUAGUUUAUUUGCUCUCAAGCGAUUUAUGUAAAUCAUAAUUUAUGUAAUUACAAUAAAUCAAAAUUAUGAUUAAUGGUGUGUUCUGAUGUAUAAAAGGAAGGAAAUGUUCCUUGUAAACUGUUCAUAUAAAGGAUAUACAUUUUUAAAUUACGUAAAGGAACACUCCGACUUUUUGGGACUUUAGCUUAUUCACAGUAUCCCCCAGAGUUAGAUA